AUGGACCAUGGGCGCUGCCAGGCUGCUGGUGCUGGUGCUGGUGUUGGUGCUGGUGCUGGCGCUGCUGGGGACUGCUGGGUGCUGCUGGUGCUGGUGCUGGUGCUGGUGCUGGGGGCAAUGCGCGCGCCCAAAGCCCGGCAAGCGCAGAUAAAAACACUCGUGAUCCAACGACGGUCUGCUCUCUGCUCUUCUGUUGCGUGCACGUCGUCACCACCACUCGUCUGCGCUGCCCCGUCUGCAGCCCACACACGCUCGCCGUCGCUCCCUUGCCCCGUUCAUUUGCGCGCGCCUAUUGCUGUUGUUGCUGUUGUUGUUGUUGUUGUCGUUGUUGUCGUUGUUGUCGUUGUUGUCGUUGUUGUCGUUGUUGUCGUUGUUGUCGUUGUUGUCGUUGUUGUCGUUGUUGCUGCUGCUGCUGUUGCUGUUGUGAUACACCGCUGCUCUGCUGCACCGCUCUACGCUUCACGGCCCACAGUCCACGGCCCACGCUCCACAGUCUACGCUCUACGCUCCACGCUCCACGCUCCACGCUCUUUGGAUUCCCGGGCUCCCAGAGUCUCGCACCUAGCCCGUCUCCUCUCCCUGCACGCCCACGACUCGCUGCGCGUUUCGGCCUCCAUCCGCCCUCGGCCCCUGGAACCGGCCUGCAUCGUGCACACCGCUGCACUACGCACUGCUGCACCGCGCACUGCUGCACCGCUGCCAGCAGUCCCAGACGCUCCAAUGCAUCGCAGUCUGGCCUCCCGUCCGAAGACUUCCUCUGCUGCCUCAGACGACACCACCCCCACGACGCCCUUUGACCACACCAUGAAGCGGACCGCCUCGCAGACCUUCAGCGCCGUCAACUACUACGGCGACCAGUACGGCAUGGCCCUCGACGCCGUCAACGAGGGCGCCGACCACCACGCCCACGGUGAAAGCGCUUUAUCCCGCGCACUGGGCAACCUGACGGGCACCUUCACCCGCCAGAAGAGCCGCAGGAGGUUAUCUUCCUUCUCCUCCGCCUCGGCUGCACCCUCACGCCACCGCAGAGCUUCCAUCCAGAGCUUCAUCGACAGCCUGCCCUCGUCCACCGCGGCCCGCAAGCCCAGCUCAGAGCAACAGCGUCUACCCCUGCCGCACACCGACUCGGGCAUCCCCUCGCUGCCUGUCCUCGCCCCCUCCCCUACCAGCGCCAGCAAGACCUUCUCACUCAGGCGCUUCAGUUCCAUGCGCAGGAAACCAGCCGCCUCCCUUGCUGCCGGCGAAUCGUCAAAGGCCCCCCAGCACCACACAUCGCUCCUGACAGCCCAACUCAUGGGCGGAGCCUCUGCACGCCAGUCGGCCGCCGCUGCCAACGAGAGCCGCCUGAACCAGCUGCGACGCGAGCAGGAGCACACGCACCGCUUCCUCAAUGGCCUCAUCCACGAGGACAAGCCCCACAUCUGCGAUGUCGACUUCAACGACAACGAGAGCGGCGUCGACAUGACGUGCUCCUCGCCUAUUGUUAGGACAGACAGUGCUGCCGACAAGAAGAUGACCGACCCCUUCCAGCGUCUUCCCGCAGAACUCGCAACCGCCGUUCUUUCCAGCCUCGACGCCACAUCGCUCGCUCGCGCAGAACAAGUCUCCCGGCACUGGAACGAACACGCCACCUCGAGCCACGUCUGGCGCAACAUCUUCCUCCGCAAGUACGAGCCCGAAGUCCACGUCUCGCCCGCACCCAUCCAGAUGGGCGGUUCCGGUGUCGGCAAGCAAGCCAAUGGCAAGCCCGCCCCCGCACAGGACUGGAAGAAGAUGUACUCUGCACGGAGCACCAUCAACAAGCGCUGGAAGGCCGGCACGCCCGCCGCCGUCUACCUCAACGGCCACACAGACAGCGUGUACUGCUGCCAAUUCGACGAGAACAAGUGCAUCACUGGCUCUCGUGACCGCACAAUCCGUGUGUGGGACCUGAAGACAUACAAGUGUAUCAAGGUGUACGGCGGACCGAACCACCGCCCUACCCUCAACACACCUGCACCCAUGGAGGAGCGUUCGGAGCGCGUCAUCAGCCAUGCCUCUGUCAACGGCACCAAGACCGGCAACCGCAUCUACCACGUCCCUGCCGACUACCACGACGCAUCCAUCCUGUGCUUGCAGUACGAUCACGAGAUCAUGGUCACAGGCUCGUCCGACUACACCUGCAUUGUCUGGGACAUCACCGGCGACGACUAUGUUCCCAUGUACCGCCUCCGCGGUCACGAAGCUGGUGUGCUGGAUGUCUGUCUGGAUGACAAGUACAUCAUCUCGUGCAGCAAAGACGCGAUGAUCAAGGUCUGGGACCGCAAAACUGGAGUCUGCGUUCGCACACUCAAGGGUCACCGUGGUCCUGUCAACGCCGUCCAGCUCCGUGGCAAUCUUCUCGUUUCUGCAAGCGGAGAUGGCAUGGCCAAGCUGUGGAACCUCGAGACCGGUGCUUCCAUCAAGGACUUCCCAUCCGAGGACCGUGGCCUUGCUGCCGUCGAGUUCUCUGAUGACGCCAAGUACGUCCUGGCUGGCGGUAACGACCAUGUAGUGUACAAGUUCGACGCCAACUCCGGCAACCUCGUCCACAGCCGGGUCAAGCACGAGGGCCUCGUCCGCUCGUUGUUCCUGGAUGCCUUCAACGGCCGUAUAGUAUCCGGCUCAUAUGACCAGAGCAUUCAGGUAUCAGACUACGAGACCGGUGCCACGUACGCUGUCUACAAGAACUGGACAACAAGCUGGAUCCUCUCUGCCAAGAGCGAUUACCGCCGUGUGGUCGCCACCAGCCAAGAUGGCCGCACGCUGAUCCUGGACUUUGGUCACAACGUGCCUGGCUCUGAGUUGUUGGUUGGAGAGAAGUAA